CCUGGAGAUGCAGGACAAGCUGGAGCGGCUGCUGCAGGACGCUCACGAGCGCUCGGACAGCGAGGAGGUGGGUUUCAUCAUCCAGCUGGUCCGGAAGCUGCUGAUCAUCAUCUCGCGGCCGGCGCGGCUCCUCGAGUGCCUGGUGCGGCCCUGGACGGACAGUCUGCCUGGACGGACGCGUGUCCAGCACACGGGGCAGGGGGGACGUGGGCUGCCCGGGGCUGGGCUGGAGUGGCAUGCGGCUGCGCCUCACCGGUCCCCUGUCCCGCAGGAGUUCGACCCCGAGGAGUUUUACCAUCUGCUGGAGGCAGCCGAGGGCCAGGCCCGUGAGGACCAGGGCAUCAAGGCCGACCUGCCCCAGUACAUCAUCGGGCAGCUGGGGCUGGCCAAGGACCCGCUGGAGGAGAUUGUGCCCUGAGUGAUCUCAGUGAAGGGCAGCUGCCAGCCCCCCGAGUCUCCAGAGGUCAGUG